AUGGAGGACCGGAAAAGACCGUUCUGCCCUCAUUUGGGAUUUUUUUGUUCCGCUGUGUAUCGAUCUGAUCUUCCGCUCUCUUCUAGAGCCGGCUACUCUAAUCCCUCACACGCGAGUCAAAAUCCACCUCAAUACCCAAAAAUCAGUACAAAAAGAGCUACUCAAAGAGUCGCAGAACAUAGUGGAGAGUCAAAAUCCACCUCACAAAGAACUGUGUUGACGACCAUAACUUCCAAAACAGAGCCGACCCAGAAGUUGGUUUUCUCAGACGAGCACAAAGCCACCAUCUUUGCUGCAGAUCCAAGCUCAGAACCAAGUUUUGGCCUUGAAGCGGAUUACAAAUACUUGACGAGAUCAAUCAGGGAAUUUUUGACAGGUCGCAUAUAUGUGAUCGACACAAAAACAGAUCCAGAAGCUCCCUCUCUGCAUAAAGUUGUUGACCCUGAAGACAUCGUACAGAAGAUUGGAUUGGCAUACCCACACACAUCUCACUGCCUUGCAUCUGGUGAUUUCUUCUCCUUGACUCAGAGUUUAAUGUCAAGGGAAGGUUUCUCAAGCUAUAUUAAGUUCUUUUUUGAAUCAGUUUGUGGAGAGGUUUAUCGUCUGGGAGACUGUCACCUCUUUUAUCGAAAAUGUCCAAGAUAACUGUAUUUCUUUGUCAAGUCAUUGUAUCUGAUGAACUCUGGCUUGGCCUUGACACCUGCUACCACAGUUUGGAAUGAGAUCCAGAAGUCAUCACUGUCAUCUGUUUGACUUGGAGAAUGGUAGUAUGAGCAACAUUGGGUAUUCUCAGUUGUUCCAGACCCCCAUCAAAUUGGCCUACUAAUUGAUGUCCAGCUGUAUCCUUUGAAUCCAUUAGAUAUGUCAAAAUGCAUAGUUAAGGAACAAUCGGCAGGAACAAUAUUUUGGGGCUUUGAAGAAGUAACCCUAUUACAGGGAGGAGAUAACCCUUUGAUUUGUGUAUAACGUGGCUCAACUCCUUUAUGCUGGUUUUAGAAUUUAGCUUUUUUCAAGUAAAGCUAGCUUAUGUGGUUAGUUAAUUCUCUGAGCACAGUCUCUUAAACAUAAAGCACACUAAUGCUUAUAAUUUGGUGAUGAGAGCUUGACAACAGAACAGAUUGUUGUAGCAAGUGAACAUGACUCUAAGAGGUCAUAUACAUGGUCGUAUACAGUACCCCGGAACUGUGUUGAUCAAUCUAGCUAGAAGGAUUCCCUUUUUGAAGCAUCUUUCUCCUACUUUGCUUUUGGACCUUGCUUUUGUAGACAUGUAAUGUAUCUAAUAAUUGUAAAUGCAAUAUUUCUGACCUAAAUCAUAUUGACAAUAUACAAACAUCUUCUUCACCUCAA